CGAAUUGAUCAUAUAUAAAAGUCACUGAUCAUAUCUCCCAAAUCUCUCCCAAGGUACAGCUUACAAUUCAAAUGGUUGCAGAGCUUUCCCGUUCUUCUGGCUUCCACGUAGUGCAUACAUAAAAUCCAUGCUCCUCCGUCUCAGGUUUUACAUUGGCACAUGAAAGUGCAAACUCUUCGAAGUCGUCGCCUCCAUUGACCUACGAGCGUUGAAGUUUCCAGCCACCGAACUAUCAGAAGCGAUCAGGCUGAGAAGAAGACGAGCCUGCAGGUCCUGCAGCUCAUACUCGCGCGUCAGAGAAAAUGGGAUUCGACGGAGCGCCCUCGUGUCACGGAACUCCAGGCAAGAGGCUCACAAUCCUCAGCAUCGAUGGAGGCGGCGUGCGAGGCGUAAUUCCAGCAGUGUGCCUCGAGUUUCUGGAAAACCAACUUCAGGCUCUCGAUGGACCCGAAGCAAGAAUCGCAGAUUACUUCGACUGCAUUGCGGGGACGAGCACGGGAGGGCUCAUAGCGGCCAUGCUGACAGCUCCAAACGCCAACAAGCGUCCUCUGCUGACGGCCAAGGAGGUCAAGGAGUUCUAUAUCAACAAAGCGUCGACCAUUUUCCCACCACCCUCCGGGAUUUAUGGGUUCUAUGACAAACUGCGGCCUCAAUUUGUGGCAGCUCUUCUCCCUGGGCCCAAGUACAAUCCCAAGCCCUUGGCAGAUCUUCUCUCGGAAACAUUCAAGGACUUGAAGGUCUCGGACGCUCUGACCGACGUCCUGCUCACGACCUUCGAUGUCCAGGCUCAGGAACCUGUUUUCUUCGACAAGCAAGUGGCAUUGAGAUUGCCCGAAUUCGACAUCCAGUUGAAAGACGCGUGCUUGGGAACGACGGCCGCACCGACAUACUUCCCUGCAUAUCAGAUUCCGAAACCUGGGCAGUCCAAGACUGAAGCGUACUACAACCUCGUCGACGGAGGCGUGGCUGCAAACAAUCCCACGGACGUCGCCAUCCUGCACGCAGUGAAGGACCUCGCAUUUGGCUUCGCUGGUGAUGGUCGCGGGGGAGGUCCCGAAAUCAAGGGAUAUGAAGACAUUCUGGUCUUGUCUAUGGGCACGGGAUCGAGAAUCGACCGCUACAACGUGAAGGACAUGGUCUCGUGGUCGAAGCUGGCUUGGGUCAACAACACAGGACAGCCCAUCGUCCAAAUGCUGAUGAACAGCAGCGCUUACCUCGUCGACUACGGAGUGUCCAUCCGAUUCCAGAUUGCCAAAGUCAAAGAGAACUACUUGAGACUCGAGACUGGCCAUAUCGACGGGCCGGCGGCGGAAAUGGAUAAUUCAUCGAAAGACAACAUGAAGAACCUCUGCCAGAAGGCCUCGGACUUGCUCAAGAAGCCGCCCAAGUACCGGAACGCCAUGAGCGGGGCUCUGGAGCAAGUUCCUGGCUAUGCAACGAAUGAAGAUGCUCUGACCAACUUCGCGAGAUGGUUGUCCGAGGAGAAGAGAGCCCGCAAGGAGAACAUGGACAAGUGUCUGGCUGCGUCGACGACGGAGCAGGCACCGAGGGCAGCCUUCUAAUUGCAUUACGCCCCCGAAGGUCAUCGCGGUGGUAAAUUGGGCAGGGGACGACGAGAUCAGAAGCGUUUGUUGAGAGAGUUAGUGCAAUCUGGAGGGAGCUUCGAGAGCUUGAACUGAGCCCGGCAGCGUGUGAAGACGACCAGCAUUUUCAAAGGCUUGCAGUAUGGCGAGUACGAGGCUUCUGCUGUACUAUCAAAUUACAGCUUCAAGGCAUCACCACCUGCUGCUACACAACGACAAGUCUGCUGCACAAAUUGGAAGAUCUGCUCGAGAACUUCACUGUGAGGUGCAACGUCGUGCACUGUGGUCCAACUGGUUCCGUAUUCAGCGUGCAUGUUCCUCACUCACCACGAAAUAUCGUCACAAGCAGUGAACUGUUCUGAAUGAAAAGCUUUGCACAACCGAUGAGCACUUGCUCUAGAAUUCUUUUUCUGAUCGAUUCUCUCUUUUGAGUGGUUGCUCGAAAGGAUCAUCGAGACAGAAAACCUCCUACCAGCAGAGGAUAUUGCGGCAGGUCAGACAGAGAUCACAAAUGACACAAAAGUGUUAUCUUAAUUUCGUAAGGAUCUGUGAUUUUCAUCUGAUGUCCAAUUUGCAAGUACUGUGAUGUCCACGCAGACUCUAGAUUAGUUUUCAUAUGCUAACCCAAUGAUUCAGAUAAAUAGAAGUUUUUAGUCCAUCCAUGCAUUUGAUGCGGACUUUGAAACUAUCCUUCUUGCCUAUGGAUAUGUGAAAGUUGACGUACA